GAAAAUUAGCUUAUAAUUUUAUAAUUUGUUUUUACAUGAGGAGAAACUGUAAAGUAAUGGAACAGUCUCAAAGCGCAGAUUUGAGCGUCCAGAAUCACUCAGAGACAGCAAACAGAAGAAAUCUUCUCAAAAAUCCAAGAGGAGAAGAUGAGUUCAAUGGGUGGACCAUAGUUGAAAAUGGUGGUGACCAAUGGAAAAUUGAAGCUCCUAUGGUAUCUCAUCCUAAUGAGGGAGUCCAGAAAAACUUUGUAACCUCUUAUAGAAUGUGCUUAAAGUCACAGCUGAUUGAUUUAAAGGAAGAAGGUUACAACUCUUCAUUUAUGGAUGAAAUGCAGCCACACAUCUGCAUAUCUGAUUGGUACGCGCCUCGAUGGGAUUGCGGCAGUGAAUAUAUAAUCACUGUGGAGCUUCUGAAUGACAAGAAGGCCGUUGUUCAGGAAUUUACUCCUGAACCUGUUACCUUUCCUCAAUGGAACGACCAGCAGUGGAAUCAGAUGACUCAUGUUUUCAAAGAUUAUGGGCCAGGAGUGAGAUACAUCAAAUUUACACACGGCGGCAAAGACACACAAUUCUGGGCAGGCUGGUACGGUAUUCGAGUGACGGAUAGCUGUGUUGAGAUCUGUCCAGCUGAUGAUUCGUAGAUUUUGGAGAUUCAUCCAAUGCUUGUGUAACCCUUGUGCUAUCCUAGACACUCUAACAUU